GGAGAUGAUAGCCUCAUUCAAAAUGGUGAGGCUAAAACUGUGCAGUCUGGCAGUAAUGUGGAUAAUGUAAUGAGCACUCUUAGAGUGUUCUUCACGAGGAAGAAGAACUCUCCCCCUACUUUUGAUCUGCAAUUUGAUGGCAACCAUUGGGGCACAGUUGAAACUUCAAGCGAAGAUAUCGUUUUUUAUGAAGCAGUUUACGUUGCAAAGGGAAGUGAAACAAGUGUCUGUGUUGCUCAGACGGCACCAAAUCAAUUCCCUUUUAUAUCAGCACUUCAGGUGCGAAGCUUGGGCUCUAACAUGUACAGCCAUGUCGAUGCUCAAUUUGCUUUGUUCUUGAAAGCUAGGGUUGCUUAUGGUGCAAACACUACUAUAAGGGCUCCGGAUGAUGUUUAUGAUCGAAUGUGGGUUCCAGCAGCCAUUGGAAAUGGAUUAAAUAAGGUCACAAGUGAUGCAUUAUUCAUCGAUGUGAAUGUAGCAGAUGAUCCUCCACAGGCUGCAGUGCAGAAUGCAAUUACCACUUCAAGCACAUCUGAGUAUAUAAUUCUGGGCACUAAAUUUUUGCCAACGGAGGGAGUCUCUGUGUAUAUCAAUUUGUACUUUUCUGAAGUGUCUCAGCUCGAUUCAUCUCAGAACAGAUCCUUUCUGCUUUACAUAGACAACAAGCCUCAGUCGGCGACCAUUGUCCCUCCUUAUGGAAGUGUUUCCGAAUUUUACAUUAGCAACAUGACUGCCUCCUCAAACACUUCACUCUCCUUGGUGGCAACUAAUGAUUCAACGCUGCCUCCUCUCAUAAAUGCCAUGGAAGUUUUUCUCAUUAGUGAUCCACUAACAGAUGGGACUAACAGCAACGAUGUGGAAGGAUUAGCUUUGCUCCAAACUCAAUUCAGUGUUCUACAGGAAUGGAGCGGGGACCCUUGUCUUCCAGCUUCUUUUACAUGGGAUUGGGUCAAUUGUAGCACUGAUGCUACACCUCGCGUAACAGCACUGUAUCUCAAUGGAUUUGAUAUCUCAGGGCCACUUCCUGAUUUUAGUUCCAUGGAUGCUCUUCAGAUAAUAGAUUUGCACAAUAACAGCAUCAGUGGACCAAUACCUGAUUUCCUUGGCAAAUUUCCAAAUCUAGAACAAUUGAAUUUGGCUGAUAAUGGAUUCAGUGGAACUGUGCCUGCGUCAUUGUCACAGAAUAAAAACUUAAAAUUAGAUGUAUCAGGCAACCCAGAACUGUGUGUCUCUGGCAACUCAUGUCAGACGACAACCGAUGGAACUUCAUCGGUCACAGGAGGAAGAACGACGAAAAAGAAAAACAAGCUGCCUGUAGUUCUUGGCUCCUCUAUUCCAAGUUUUGUUGUAUUUUGUUCUAUUGUAGGAGCUGCUGCUGCAUGGCACCAUAGACGAAAAACAGCAGCCGUGGCUUCAGUCAGUGCAGGUCAAGCUGGUGGAGCCAGUAAGCCUAAUGGCACCCCACAUGGUGGGAAAACGGCUACACAAAUGGUUGGCAAAAUGGUUAAAGCAGUGAUCAAUGAGAUCAAAGACGACACCGAGGAACAAAUAACUUCAGAGAUCAAUAAUCAAAUUGAUGAGAUAGCACAGAAUAAUGCCCAACAACAGGAUGGGAAUAACGCUUGAUUUCUCUUUCUUCUUCAACUUGUCUUUCAUGCAAAGUGGA